CGGGAGGCGAUUUUAACAUUGCCGGUUCACACUCCUUGUCCGCCAGGAAGAUGACUUCUGAGUGCAUUGAGAGAAAAGAAGUUAGGCGCUUACAAAAUGAUUAUGAUAAAUUACUUCUGUCCGCCAGUUUUUCUGAAAUUAAAAAAUUACUGGAAGAAUGUGGAAAGUUACGCUAUCAAGCAGAUCACCUAGAAAAGUAUCUGAAACAAUUGAAUAACCACGUGCGGCAUAAUGCCAUUAGUAUUCAUGCUGCUGUAUCUUCUUUGUUUGAUUAUGCUAUAAAAACUGUAUUUGAAAACACUAAACAUUCUGUACAACUUAAUGUUCCUAAUAAACGUAGUUUUGGGGAUUAUCAAUGUAACUCUGCUCUCAGCAUUCCAAAAGAGUCUAAAAGUGAUCAAAAUCCUCUUGAUAUUGCGAAAUCAAUUGUUACGGCUUUACCCGUUAAUGAUUUAAUAGAAAAAGUGGAUAUUGUUCCUCCUGGAUUUAUAAACAUCUGGAUUAAACGGGAAUUUAUUUCCACAGAAAUCAGAAAAAUUUUGCUUCAUGGAGUUACACCCCCAUUCAUUGCUCAUAAAUAUUCUGUAGUUGUCGAUAUGUCCUCUCCUAAUAUAGCCAAAGAAAUGCACGUGGGACAUUUACGAUCAACUAUUAUUGGAGAAAGUAUUUCCCGUUUGCUCUCAUUUUUGGGUCACAAAGUGCUGAAACUCAACCAUCUUGGGGAUUGGGGUACACAGUUUGGGAUGUUGAUAACCCACUUAAAAGAGAUAUAUCCUGACCAUAAAACUGCACCUCCUAUAUCUGACCUUCAAGCUUUUUAUAAAACUUCUAAAACUAGAUUUGAUGAGGAAGAAGACUUUAAUCAAAGAGCUCAUGUGGCUGUUGUUAAACUUCAACAAAAUGAUCCCGAAUACGUACAUGCUUGGAAACAAAUUUGUGACAUAUCACGAAAAGAAUUCGACGAUAUAUACCGUCGAUUAGGUAUUGAGAAUCUUAUUGAGCGUGGGGAAUCGUUUUACCAAAGUCGAAUGGAAGAGCUUGUUGAAAAUCUUAAAAGUCAAAACGUUCUACAGGAAGACGAGGGUAGAUUAAUUUUGUGGCCACCCAAAUGUGAAGUUCCUCUCACAGUUGUAAAAUCAGAUGGUGGUUUUACCUACGAUACAUCUGAUUUAACUGCUUUACUUCAGCGCUUGCAUGAAGAAAAGGCGGAUUGGGUAUUGUACGUUGUGGACAUGGGUCAAGCUGUUCACCUUAACACAGUAUUUGCGGGUGCAGAAAUGCUUGGCUUUUAUAAUCCGGAUGUGCACGGAGUUCAGCAUAUUGGAUUUGGUGUGGUGCUCGGUGAAGAUAAGAAAAAAUUUAAAACUCGUUCUGGUGAAACAGUUCGUCUAGUUGAUUUGUUAGAUGAAGGUCUUGAGCGAGCGAAAAACCGAUUGCUUGAGAAAGAGAGGAAUAAAGAGCUUACUGAAGCUGAAUUUGAACGAGCUCAGAAGGCUGUAGCAUACGGUUGUAUUAAGUAUGCUGAUUUAUCGCAUAGUCGAACAAUUGACUAUGUAUUCUCAUUUGAUAGGAUGUUGGAUGACAAAGGAAACACUGCAGUUUACUUGUUAUACGCAUAUACACGAAUCAGAUCAAUUAUAAGAAAUUCAGGUUAUACUGAAAAAGAGCUUCAUGAAAUUAGUGAAACAGUACCAUUGAAAUUUGAACAUCCUACAGAGUUGACAUUGGCUAAAACAUUAUGUCGUUUGCCAGAUAUUUUAUUAAAAAUUCAAAAUGAUUUUCUAUUGCAUAGUCUAUGCGAUUAUUUAUACGAUUUAAGUUGUGUCUUUACCAACUUCUACGAUGCAUGUUAUUGUAUCGAACGAAAUCAAGAAACCGGCGAUAUUCAAAUUAAUCAAGAACGUAUUGUGUUAUGUGAAGCUACUGCUCGAGUAAUGAAAUGUGGAUUUGAUAUACUUGGAAUUGAAACAGUUGAGAAAAUGUAAAUGUUUCUGUAAUAUGUGCAUUUGGAUCAAUAAACAACAUUUGUAUAAAAAAAA